CCAGUAGCCCUACCCGUUCGCAUGUCCAACCAUUCUGCAUCGCCCGGAGUAACAGCCACGCAGACUAGAAAAAAGGUAAAACGCACUUUCUAAGGGGAGAGAGUGAGAAGGGAGGGGAGAGAGAAAAACGCCCUGGACACGGAGGGAGACUCGGGUUGAUAAAGCAAGAAAAGUUUUUUUUUUUAUGAGAGAAAUAAGGUUUGAUUGGGAAGAAGAAUACGUGCUUUUAUCGACUGCUGGGACCGCAGGAGGAGAAGAGGACACUGCCGAAGAUGCUCAAGCUGCUGUGUUAAAGUUGUUGCAACUCAGACUGCUCAUAGACAAACAGGAAGCAAAGAGACAGAGCCCUUGGCCUUGCUUGAGCAAUCCAAAGAAAACCAAGGCAGAAACAAACGACACCAGAGCAUAGACAGAGGACAAGGAAAAACAAAGGAUGGCUGAGGAGGAGGAAACCAGGGAGGUGCUCUUCUCUGACUGGUCGGGUCCAGAAAAACAGGGAAUGACCCUUGAGCAGUCAGGCGAAGGAGAGAUCUAUGUCAAAGAGGUGAAAAUGGAGUCGCCUGCUGGACGCACUGGAAGAGUACAUGAGGGUGAUCAAAUUGUGGGUGCCACCAUCUAUUUUGACAACAUGAGUUCCAAAGAGACGACGGAGCUCCUCAAGACCCUAAACAAACACAAGGUUGGACUGAAACUACAGAACAAGGACAAGUCACCAUGCCGCUCCCCCAUGGGCACUCUGUCACCCUGCCGCUCCCCAAUGGGAACUCUGACGUAUGAAGGGAGAGGAAGGGUUGGAGGCUCCAGCCAAGACAUCCUGAGUGGCGAUGAUGAAGAUUACAAGAGAAUAUAUUCCAAGAAGAUUAAGCCCCGGCUGAAGUCUGAGGAUCUGGCGGAGGGCGUGGACGUCCGUACGGAGCGUCACAGCAGCACCAGCACCGACGGCAGCACGAUCACUACCAUCACCCGUCGCAUCACUACCUACACUGUGGACAUGCCUGAGGGCGUGGACGAGCAGCUUGAUCUAACCAGCCCAGAGUUUAAAGGGCAAAGGUACGAGCAGUCAGGAGGGGGCAGCUCGUCUCAAAUCCGAGUUUUACACGGAAGCGGAAGCUCUUCAGGUAUAGGAGGUGGAUUGGAGGGGGGUGAUUUUGAACUAGGAGGUGAUGGUGUUUCCUUCACUGGGCCGGAUGUAACUAGCUCUUCUGAGAAGCACUGGAGCACUGGAGGGGUGAAGACCACCACUGUUACAAGGCAGAUAGAGGGGGGAGAUGGUGGAGCAGCAGGGAUCAGAUUCAAAGGAUCUAGUUUUGGGAUGCCUGGGGCGAAGGGUCAGCGGGAGUUUGGCCUCUAUAGAGGGGGUGAGCAGGGGGGCUUUCAGGUUUCAGGUGACUCAGCUGACUACCAGGCAGGAUCAGUCAAUGUCACGGCACCUGGAAAAACAACAAAUAUUUCAUCCAGCUCCAUAUCAAUGGGUAAAGGGGAGGUGAGAGGAGUAGACGUUCAUUUGCCUGGUAGAGGCAGUGCAGACUGGCAGGGUAGGGUCGGAGGUUCAGUACCUGGAAUAACCAUUAGUGAUCAACAGGUGAGAGGGUCUGGGAGCGUAGGUCUCUCCAGAGGCAACCAGGGUGGGGUUUCCUUACCCAACAUGCCAGGCAUUGAUACAGGCUUGAAUGGGGGCAAGAUAUCAACAGACAUAAGAGUGCCAACACUUGACAUCAAUACAGGCAUGAAGGAGUCUGGCUCAGUGAAAAUGUCUGUAAAAGAAACAACAAUGGAAAGCAAACUCAAAGGUGGCAUCAAAAUGCCAUCAUUUGGACUGAACACUGGAGGUGCAGAAAGCGAUGGAGAUGUUAAACUAGGGAAGGUCAAGGGUAGUGUAGAUGUUUCGGUACCUGGGGUAGAUGUAGAUUUAUCAGGCGCAUCUAUGAAUAUGAAAGGAGGAAAGACGAUAGGUGGUGUUGCCAUCAAACCACCCAAAGUAGACAUUAAAGGUUCAGGUGUUGAUAUAGAAGGUCCAGAAGGCGGAUUCAAGAUACCCAAAGAAAAGAUACCAUCAUUUGGAGUCAGAGGAGCCGGACUUGAGGGUCCUGGUAUCGAUGUCAACCUACCAAAAACUGACAUUGACAUCAGAGCUCCCAAAGUAGACAUUGAAGUGCCAGAUGUUGACAUUGAAGGUUCAGGAGGAUUUAAGAUGCCAAAGGUGAAGAUGCCCUCAUUUGGAAUCAAAGGGCCCAAAGUUGAGGGAGAUGUUGAUGUCAAACUACCUAAAGGUGACAUUGACAUAAAGGGACCUAAUGUUAACAUCAAAGGUCCAGAACUUGACUUCGAAGGCCCUGAUGGGAAAAUCAAGGGUCCAAAAUUCACGAUGCCAUCAAUGUCAGGCCCAAAGGUCUCAAUGCCUGAUAUGGACAUCAAUCUGAAAGGUCCAAAGGCGAAGGGAGAUGUGGAUGUGUCAGUGCCAAAGCUAGAAGGAGACAUCAAGGCUCCCAAAGUUGACAUUAAAGGGCCAUCAAUAUCAGGACCAAAGAUCUCAAUGCCCGAUGUGGACUUCAAUCUGAAAGGCCCAAAGGUGAAGGGAGAUUUGGGUUUGUCAGGAGACCUCAAAGCACCCAAAGUAGAAAUUGAAGGUCCAGAUGUUGACAUUGAAGGGUCAGGAGGAUUUAAGAUGCCAAAGAUGAAGAUGCCAUCAUUUGGAAUCAAAGGAUCUAAAUUGGAGGGUCCAGAUAUUGAUGUCAACCUACCAAAAGCUGACAUUGACAUCAAGGCUCCCAAAGUUGAUGUUAAAGGUCCAUCAAUAUCAGGACCAAAGAUCUCAAUGCCCGAUGUGGACUUCAAUCUGAAAGGCCCAAAGGUGAAGGGGGAUUUGGGUACGUCAGGAGACUUCAAAGCACCCAAGGUAGACAUUGAAGGUCCAGAUGUUGACAUUGAAGGUUCAGGAGGAUUUAAGAUGCCAAAGGUGAAGAUGCCCUCAUUUGGAGUCAAAGGACCCAAAGUUGAGGGAGAUGUUGAUGUCAAACUACCUAAAGGUGACAUUGACAUCAAGGGACCUAAUGUUAACAUCAAAGGUCCAGAACUUGACUUCGAAGGCCCUGAUGGGAAAAUCAAGGGUCCAAAAUUCAAGAUGCCAUCAAUGUCAGGCCCAAACAUCUCAAUGCCUGAUAUGGACAUAAAUCUGAAAGGUCCAAAGGUGAAGGGAGAUAUGGAUGUGUCAGUGCCAAAGCUAGAAGGAGACAUCAAGGCUCCCAAAGUUGACAUUAAAAGUCCAUCAAUAUCAGGACCAAAGAUCUCAAUGCCCGAUGUGGACUUCAAUCUGAAAGGCCCAAAGGUGAAGGGAGAUUUGGGUUUGUCAGGAGACUUAAAAGCACCCAAAGUAGAGGUUGAAGGUCCAGAUGUUGACAUUGAAGGAUCAGGAGGAUUUAAGAUACCAAAGAUGAAGAUGCCCUCAUUUGGAAUCAAAGGAUCUAAAUUGGAGGGUCCAGAUAUUGACGUCAACCUACCAAAAGCUGACAUUGACAUCAAGGCUCCCAAAGUUGACAUCAAAGGUCCAUCAAUAUCAGGACCAAAGAUCUCAAUGCCUGAUGUGGACUUCAAUCUGAAAGGCCCAAAGGUGAAGGGAGAUUUGGGUAUGUCAGGAGACCUCAAAGCACCCAAAGUAGACAUUGAAGGUCCAGAUGUUGACAUUGGAGGUUCAGGAGGAUUUAAGAUGCCAAAGAUGAAGAUGCCCUCAUUUGGAAUCAAAGGGCCCAAAGUUGAGGGAGAUGUUGAUGUCAAACUACCUAAAGGUGACAUUGACAUCAAGGGACCUAAUGUUAACAUCAAAGGUCCAGAACUUGACUUUGAAGGCCCUGAUGGGAAAAUCAAGGGUCAAAAAUUCAAGAUGCCAUCAAUAUCAGGCCCAAACAUCUCAAUGCCUGAUAUGGACAUCAAUCUGAAAGGUCCAAAGGUGAAGGGAGAUGUGGAUGUGUCAGUGCCAAAGCUAGAAGGAGACAUCAAGGCUCCCAAAGUUGACGUUAAAGGUCCAUCAAUAUCAGGACCAAAGAUCUCAAUGCCUGAUGUGGACUUCAAUCUGAAAGGCCCAAAGGUGAAGGGAGAUGUGGGUAUGUCAGGAGACUUCAAAGCACCCAAAGUAAACAUUGAAGGUCCAGAUGUUGACAUUGAAGGUUCAGGAGGAUUUAAGAUGCCAAAGAUGAAGUUGCCUUCGUUUGGAUUCAAAGGAUCUAAAUUGGAGGGUCCAGAUAUUGACGUCAACCUACCAAAAGCUGACAUUGACAUCAAGGCUCCCAAAAUUGAUGUUAAAGGUCCAUCAAUAUCAGGACCAAAGAUCUCAAUGCCCGAUGUGGACUUCAAUCUGAAAGGCCCAAAGGUGAAGGGGGAUUUGGGUUUGUCAGGAGACCUCAAAGCACCCAAUGUAGACAUUGAAGGUCCAGAUGUUGACAUUGAAGGAUCAGGAGGAUUUAAGAUGCCAAAGAUGAAAAUGCCCUCAUUUGGAAUCAAAGGAUCUAAAUUGGAGGGUCCAGAUAUUGACGUCAACCUACCAAAAGCUGACAUUGACAUCAAGGCUCCCAAAAUUGAUGUUAAAGGUCCAUCAAUAUCAGGACCAAAGAUCUCAAUGCCCGAUGUGGACUUCAAUCUGAAAGGCCCAAAGGUGAAGGGGGAUUUGGGUAUGUCAGGAGACUUUAAAGCACCCAAGGUAGACAUUGAAGGUCCAGAUGUUGACAUUGAAGGUUCAGGAGGAUUUAAGUUGCCGAAGAUGAAAAUACCCUCAUUUGGAAUCAAAGGACCCAAAGUUGAGGGAGAUGUUGAUGUCAAACUACCUAAAGGUGACAUUGACAUCAAGGGACCUAAUGUUAACAUCAAAGGUCCAGAACUUGACUUUGAAGUCCCUGAUGGGAAAAUCAAGGGUCAAAAAUUCAAGAUGCCAUCAAUAUCAGGCCCAAACAUUUCAAUGCCUGAUAUGGACAUAAAUCUGAAAGGUCCAAAGGUGAAGGGAGAUGUGGAUGUGUCAGUGCCAAAGCUAGAAGGAGACAUCAAGGCUCCCAAAGUUGACAUUAAAGGGCCAUCAAUAUCAGGAUCAAAGAUCUCAAUGCCCGAUGUGGACUUCAAUCUGAAAGGCCCAAAGGUGAAGGGAGAUUUGGGUUUGUCAGGAGACUUCAAAGCACCCAAAGUAGACAUUGAAGGUCCAGAUGUUGACAUUGAAGGAUCAGGAGGAUUUAAGAUGCCAAAGAUGAAGAUGCCCUCAUUUGGAAUCAAAGGAUCUAAAUUGGAGGGUCCAGAUAUUGACGUCAACCUACCAAAAGCUGACAUUGACAUCAAGGCUCCCAAAGUUGAUGUUAAAGGUCCAUCAAUAUCAGGACCAAAGAUCUCAAUGCCCGAUGUGGACUUCAAUCUGAAAAGCCCAAAGGUGAAGGGAGAUUUGGGUAUGUCAGGAGACCUCAAAGCACCCAAGGUAGACAUUGAAGGUCCAAAUGUUGACAUUGAAGGUUCAGGAGGAUUUAAGAUGCCAAAGGGGAAGAUGCCCUCAUUUGGAAUCAAAGGACCCAAAGUUGAGGGAGAUGUUGAUGUCAAACUACCUAAAGGUGACAUUGACAUCAAGGGACCUAAUGUUAACAUCAAAGGUCCAGAACUUGACUUCGAAGGCCCUGAUGGGAAAAUCAAGGGUCCAAAAUUCAAGAUGCCAUCAAUGUCAGGCCCAAACAUCUCAAUGCCUGAUAUGGACAUCAAUCUGAAAGGUCCAAAGGUGAAGGGAGGUGUGGAUGUGUCAGUGCCAAAGCUAGAAGGAGACAUCAAGGCUCCCAAAGUUGACAUUAAAGGUCCAUCAAUAUCAGGACCAAAGAUCUCAAUGCCCGAUGUGGACUUCAAUCUGAAAGGCCCAAAGGUGAAGGGAGAUUUGGGUAUGUCAGGAGACUUCAAAGCACCCAAAGUAGAGGUUGAAGGUCCAGAUGUUGACAUUGAAGGAUCAGGAGGAUUUAAGAUGCCAAAGAUGAAGAUGCCCUCAUUUGGAAUCAAAGGAUCUAAAUUGGAGGGUCCAGAUAUUGACGUCAACCUACCAAAAGCUGACAUUGACAUCAAGGCUCCCAAAGUUGAUGUUAAAUGUCCAUCAAUAUCAGGACCAAAGAUCUCAAUGCCCGAUGUGGACUUCAAUCUGAAAGGCCCAAAGGUGAAGGGGGAUUUGGGUAUGUCAGGAGACUUCAAAGCACCCAAGGUAGACAUUGAAGGUCCAGAUGUUGACAUUGAAGGUUCAGGAGGAUUUAAGUUGCCGAAGAUGAAAAUACCCUCAUUUGGAAUCAAAGGACCCAAAGUUGAGGGAGAUGUUGAUGUCAAACUACCUAAAGGUGACAUUGACAUCAAGGGACCUAAUGUUAACAUCAAAGGUCCAGAACUUGACUUCGAAGGCCCUGAUGGGAAAAUCAAGGGUCCAAAAGUCACGAUGCCAUCAAUGUCAGGCCCAAAGGUCUCAAUGCCUGAUAUAGACAUAUCUCUGAAAGGUCCAAAGGUGAAGGGAGAUGUGGAUGUGUCGGUGCCAAAGCUAGAAGGAGACAUCAAGGCUCCCAAAGUUGACAUUAAAGGUCCAUCAAUAUCAGGAACAAAGAUCUCAAUGCCCGAUGUGGACUUCAAUCUGAAAGGCCCAAAGGUGAAGGGAGAUUUGGGUAUGUCAGGAGACUUCAAAGCACCCAAAGUAGACGUUGAAGGUCCAGAUGUUGACAUUGAAGGAUCAGGAGGAUUUAAGAUGCCAAAGAUGAAGAUGCCCUCAUUUGGAAUCAAAGGAUCUAAAUUGGAGGGUCCAGAUAUUGAUGUCAACCUACCAAAAGCUGACAUUGACAUCAAGGCUCCCAAAGUUGAUGUUAAAGGUCCAUCAAUAUCAGGACCAAAGAUCUCAAUGCCCGAUGUGGACUUCAAUCUGAAAGGCCCAAAGGUAAAGGGGGAUUUGGGUAUGUCAGGAGACCUCAAAGCACCCAAGGUAGACAUUGAAGGUCCAGAUGUUGACAUUGGAGGUUCAGGAGGAUUUAAGAUGCCAAAGAUGAAGAUGCCAUCAUUUGGAAUCAAAGGGCCCAAAGUUGAGGGAGAUGUUGAUGUCAAACUACCUAAAGGUGACAUUGACAUCAAGGGACCUAAUGUUAACAUCAAAGGUCCAGAACUUGACUUUGAAGGCCCUGAUGGGAAAAUCAAGGGUCCAAAAUUCAAGAUGCCAUCAAUGUCAGGCCCAAACAUCUCAAUGCCUGAUAUGGACAUCAAUCUGAAAGGUCCAAAGGUGAAGGGAGAUGUGGAUGUGUCAGUGCCAAAGCUAGAAGGAGACAUCAAGGCUCCCAAAGUUGACAUUAAAGGUCCAUCAAUAUCAGGACCAAAGAUCUCAAUGCCCGAUGUGGACUUCAAUCUGAAAGGCCCAAAGGUGAAGGGAGAUUUGGGUAUGUCAGGAGACUUCAAUGCACCCAAAGUAGACAUUGAAGGUCCAGAUGUUGACAUUGAAGGUUCAGGAGGAUUUAAGAUGCCAAAGAUGAAGAUGCCCUCAUUUGGAAUCAAAGGAUCUAAAUUGGAGGGUCCAGAUAUUGACAUCAACCUACCAAAAGCUGACAUUGACAUCAAGGCUCCCAAAGUUGAUGUUAAAUGUCCAUCAAUAUCAGGACCAAAGAUCUCAAUGCCCGAUGUGGACUUCAAUCUGAAAGGCCCAAAGGUGAAGGGGGAUUUGGGUAUGUCAGGAGACUUCAAAGCACCCAAGGUAGACAUUGAAGGUGCAGAUGUUGACAUUGAAGGUUCAGGAGGAUUUAAGUUGCCGAAGAUGAAAAUACCCUCAUUUGGAAUCAAAGGACCCAAAGUUGAGGGAGAUGUUGAUGUCAACCUACCAAAAGCUGACAUUGACAUCAAGGCUCCCAAAGUUGACAUCAAAGGGCCAUCAAUAUCAGGACCAAAGAUCUCAAUGCCUGAUGUGGACUUCAAUCUGAAAGGUCCCAAGCUGAAGGGAGAUGUGGAUGUGUCAGUGCCAAAGAUAAAAGGAGACAUCAAAUCACCGAAAGUAGACAUCGAAGGACCAGAUGUUGACAUUGAAGGUUCAGGAGGAUUUAAGAUGCCAAAGAUGAAGAUGCCGUCAUUUGGAAUCAAAGGAUCUAAUUUGGAGGGUCCAGAUAUUGAUGUCAACCUACCAAAAGCUGACAUUGACAUCAAGGCUCCCAAAGUUGACAUUAAAGGUCCAUCAAUAUCAGGACCAAAGAUCUCAAUGCCCGAUGUAGACUUCAAUCUAAAAGGGCCGAAGGUGAAGGGAGAUCUGGGUAUGUCAGGAGACCUCAAAGCACCCAAAGCAGACAUUGAAGGACCAGAUGUUGACAUUGAAGGUUCAGGAGGAAUUAAAAUGCCAAAGAUGAAGAUGCCGUCUAUGUCUGGCCCCAAAAUGUCAAUGCCUGAUGUUGAUUUCAGUCUCAAAGGGCCAAAGUUCAAAGGGGGAGUUGAGGGAGAAAUGAGUACACCCAAAGCUGAAUUUGAAGGAUUGGAUAUCUCAGUAGAGAGUCCAGACAUUGCACCAAAGAAGUCUAAGUUCAAAAUGCCAAAGUUUGGAUUCAAAGGGCCCAAAGUCAAGUCUCCUGAGGUUGAUGUAAAGCUAGCAAAAGCAGAUAUCAAUAUCAAAGCACCGAAAGGUAGUGUUCCAGACCUUGACCUUGACAUUGGGGCUACCAGCCCUAAAGUCAAAGGAUCCAAAUUCAAAAUGCCUAAAUUUGGAUUCAAAAGCCCGAAGGUAGAGAUGCCAGAUGUAGAUAUUAAUCUUCCUAAAGCUGACAUUGACUUCAAGGGACCCAAUGUCGAUAUUAAAGGUUCUCAUAUUGACAUUGAAAGUCCUGAUGGCAAAAUCAAGGGACCAAAAAACAAGAUGCCAUCAAUAUCCGGACCAAAGAUCUCUAUGCCUGAUGUGGACUUCAACCUGAAAGGUCCAAAGGUGAAAGGAGAUGUGAAUGUUUCAGUCCCCAAGAUCGAAGGAGACAUCAAAGGUCCAAACGUAGACAUUGAAGGUCCAGAUGGUAAAAUCAAAGGGCCGAAAUUCAAGAUGCCAUCAAUAUCUGGACCAAACAUCUCAAUGCCUGACAUGGACUUCAACCUGAAAGGUCCAAAGAUGAAGGGAGAUCUGGAUCUGUCAGGAAACCUCAAAGCACCCAAAGUAGACAUUGAAGGUCCAGAUGUUGACAUUGAAGGUUCAGGAGGAUUUAAGAUGCCGAAGAUGAAGAUGCCCUCAUUUGGAAUCAAAGGGCCCAAAGUUGAGGGAGAUUUUGAUGUCAAUCUACCUAAAGGCGACAUUGACAUUGAAGGUCCAGAAAUUGACAUCGCAGGUCCAGAUGGUAAAAUCAAAGGGUCGAAAUUCAAGAUGCCAUCAAUAUCUGGACCAAACAUCUCUAUGCCUGAUGUGGACUUCAACCUGAAAGGUCCAAACGUGAAAGGAGAUGUGAAUGUUUCAGUCCCCAAGAUCGAAGGAGACAUCAAAGGUCCAAACCUAGACAUUGAAGGUCCAGAUGUAGACUUUGAAGGUCCAGAUGUUGACAUUGAAGGUUCAGGAGGAUUUAAGAUGCCAAAGAUGAAGAUGCCUUCGUUUGGAUUCAAAGGUCCCAAACUUGAGGGUCCAGAUAUUGAUGUCAACCUACCUAAAUCUGACAUUGACAUCAAGGCUCCCAAAAUUGAUAUUAAAGGUCCAGAACUUGACAUUGAAGGUCCAGAUGGUAAAAUCAAAGGGCCAAAAUUCAAGAUGCCAUCAAUAUCAGGACCAAACAUCUCAAUGCCUGACAUGGACUUCAACCUGAAAGGUCCAAAGAUGAAGGGAGAUGUGAAUGUUUCAGUCCCCAAGAUCGAAGGAGACAUCAAAGGUCCAAACCUAGACAUUGAAGCACCCAAAGUAGACAUUGAAGGUCCAGAUGUUGACAUUGAAGGUUCAGGAGGAUUUAAGAUGCCAAAGAUGAAGAUGCCUUCAUUUGGAUUCAAAGGACCCAAAGUUGAGGGAGAUUUUGAUGUCAAUCUACCUAAAGGUGACAUUGACAUUGAAGGUCCAGAAAUUGACAUUGCAGGUCCAGAUGGUAAAAUCAAAGGGCCGAAAUUCAAGAUGCCAUCAAUAUCUGGACCAAAGAUCUCUAUGCCUGAUGUGGACUUCAACCUGAAAGGUCCAAAGGUGAAAGGAGAUGUGAAUGUUUCAGUCCCCAAGAUCGAAGGAGACAUCAAAGGUCCAAACCUAGAAAUUGAAGGUCCAGAUGGUAAAAUCAAAGGGCCGAAAUUCAAGAUGCCAUCAAUAUCUGGACCAAACAUCUCAAUGCCUGACAUGGACUUCAACCUGAAAGGUCCAAAGAUGAAGGGAGAUCUGGAUAUGUCAGGAAACCUCAAAGCACCCAAAGUAGACAUAGAAGGUCCAGAUGUUGAUAUUGAAGGUUCAGGAGGAUUUAAGAUGCCAAAGAUGAAGAUGCCCUCAUUUGGAUUCAAAGGACCCAAAGUUGAGGGAGAUUUUGAUGUCAAUCUACCUAAAGGCGACAUUGACAUUGAAGGUCCAGAAAUUGACAUUGCAGGUCCAGAUGGUAAAAUCAAAGGGCCGAAAUUCAAGAUGCCAUCAAUAUCAGGACCAAACAUCUCAAUGCCUGACAUGGACUUCAACCUGAAAGGUCCAAAGAUGAAGGGAGAUCUGGAUAUGUCAGGAAACCUCAAAGCACCCAAAGUAGACAUUGAAGGUCCAGAUGUUGACAUUGAAGGUUCAGGAGGAUUUAAGAUGCCAAAGAUGAAGAUGCCUUCAUUUGGAUUCAAAGGUCCCAAACUUGAGGGUCCAGAUAUUGAUGUCAACCUACCUAAAGCUGACAUUGACAUCAAGGCUCCCAAAAUUGAUAUUCAAGGUCCAGAACUUGACAUUGAAGGUCCAGAUGGUAAAAUCAAAGGGCCAAAAUUCAAGAUGCCAUCAAUAUCAGGACCAAACAUCUCAAUGCCUGACAUGGACUUCAACCUGAAAGGUCCAAAGAUGAAGGGAGAUCUGGAUAUGUCAGGAAACCUCAAAGCACCGAAAGUAGACAUUGAAGGGCCAGAUGUUGACAUUGAAGGUUCAGGAGGAUUUAAGAUGCCAAAGAUGAAGAUGCCUUCGUUUGGAUUCAAAGGACCCAAAAUUGAGGGUGAUUUUGAUGUCAAUCUUCCUAAAGGCGACAUUGACAUUGAAGGUCCAGAAAUUGACAUUGCAGGUCCAGAUGGUAAAAUCAAAGGGCCAAAAUUCAAGAUGCCAUCAAUAUCUGGACCAAAGAUCUCUAUGCCUGAUGUGGACUUCAACCUGAAAGGUCCAAAGAUGAAGGGAGAUCUGGAUAUGUCAGGAAACCUCAAAGCACCCAAAGUAGACAUUGAAGGUCCAGAUGUUGACAUUGAAGGUUCAGGAGGAUUUAAGAUGCCAAAGAUGAAGAUGCCUUCGUUUGGAAUCAAAGGACCCAAAGUUGAGGGAGAUUUUGAUGUCAAUCUACCUAAAGGCGACAUUGACAUUGAAGGUCCAGAAAUUGACAUUGAAGGUCCAGAUGGUAAAAUCAAAGGGCCGAAAUUCAAGAUGCCAUCAAUAUCUGGACCAAAGAUCUCUAUGCCUGAUGUGGACUUCAACCUGAAAGGUCCAAAGGUGAAAGGAGACGUGAAUGUUUCAGUCCCCAAGAUCGAAGGAGACAUCAAAGGUCCAAACGUAGACAUUGAAGGUCCAGAUGGUAAAAUCAAAGGGCCAAAAUUCAAGAUGCCAUCAAUAUCAGGACCAAACAUCUCAAUGCCUGACAUGGACUUCAACCUGAAAGGUCCAAAGAUGAAGGGAGAUCUGGAUAUGUCAGGAAACCUCAAAGCACCCAAAGUAGACAUUGAAGGUCCAGAUGUUGACAUUGAAGGUUCAGGAGGAUUUAAGAUGCCAAAGAUGAAGAUGCCUUCGUUUGGAUUCAAAGGUCCCAAACUUGAGGGUCCAGAUAUUGAUGUCAAUCUACCUAAAGCUGACAUUGACAUCAAGGCUCCCAAAAUUGAUAUUAAAGGUCCAGAACUUGACAUUGCAGGUCCAGAUGGUAAAAUCAAAGGGCCAAAAUUCAAGAUGCCAUCAAUAUCUGGACCAAAGAUCUCUAUGCCUGAUGUGGACUUCAACCUGAAAGGUCCAAAGGUGAAGGGAGAUCUGGAUAUGUCAGGAAACCUCAAAGCACCCAAAGUAGACAUUGAAGGUCCAGAUGUUGACAUUGAAGGUUCAGGAGGAUUUAAGAUGCCAAAGAUGAAGAUGCCUUCGUUUGGAAUCAAAGGACCCAAAGUUGAGGGAGAUUUUGAUGUCAAUCUACCUAAAGGCGACAUUGACAUUGAAGGUCCAGAAAUUGACAUUGAAGGUCCAGAUGGUAAAAUCAAAGGGCCGAAAUUCAAGAUGCCAUCAAUAUCUGGACCAAAGAUCUCUAUGCCUGAUGUGGACUUCAACCUGAAAGGUCCAAAGGUGAAAGGAGACGUGAAUUUUUCAGUCCCCAAGAUCGAAGGAGACAUCAAAGGUCCAAACGUAGACAUUGAAGGUCCAGAUGGUAAAAUCAAAGGGCCAAAAUUCAAGAUGCCAUCAAUAUCAGGACCAAACAUUUCAAUGCCUGACAUGGACUUCAACCUGAAAGGUCCAAAGAUGAAGGGAGAUCUGGAUAUGUCAGGAAACCUCAAAGCACCCAAAGUAGACAUUGAAGGUCCAGAUGUUGACAUUGAAGGUUCAGGAGGAUUUAAGAUGCCAAAGAUGAAGAUGCCUUCGUUUGGAUUCAAAGGUCCCAAACUUGAGGGUCCAGAUAUUGAUGUCAAUCUACCUAAAGCUGACAUUGACAUCAAGGCUCCCAAAAUUGAUAUUAAAGGUCCAGAACUUGACAUUGAAGGUCCAGAUGGUAAAAUCAAAGGGCCAAAAUUCAAGAUGCCAUCAAUAUCAGGACCAAACAUCUCAAUGCCUGACAUGGACUUCAACCUGAAAGGUCCAAAGGUGAAGGGAGAUCUGGAUAUGUCAGGAAACCUCAAAGCACCCAAAGUAGACAUUGAAGGUCCAGAUGUUGACAUUGAAGGUUCAGGAGGAUUUAAGAUGCCAAAGAUGAAGAUGCCCUCAUUUGGAUUCAAAGGACCCAAAGUUGAGGGAGAUUUUGAUGUCAAUCUACCUAAAGGCGACAUUGACAUUGAAGGUCCAGAAAUUGACAUUGCAGGUCCAGAUGGUAAAAUCAAAGGGCCGAAAUUCAAGAUGCCAUCAAUAUCUGGACCAAAGAUCUCUAUGCCUGAUGUGGACUUCAACCUGAAAGGUCCAAAGGUGAAAGGAGAUGUGAAUGUUUCAGUCCCCAAGAUCGAAGGAGACAUCAAAGGUCCAAACCUAGACAUUGAAGGUCCAGAUGGUAAAAUCAAAGGGCCAAAAUUCAAGAUGCCAUCAAUAUCAGGACCAAACAUCUCAAUGCCUGACAUGGACUUCAACCUGAAAGGUCCAAAGAUGAAGGGAGAUCUGGAUAUGUCAGGAAACCUCAAAGCACCCAAAGUAGACAUUGAAGGUCCAGAUGUUGACAUUGAAGGUGCAGGAGGAUUUAAGAUGCCAAAGAUGAAGAUGCCUUCGUUUGGAUUCAAAGGUCCCAAACUUGAGGGUCCAGAUAUUGAUGUCAACCUACCUAAAGCUGACAUUGACAUCAAGGCUCCCAAAAUUGAUAUUAAAGGUCCAGAACUUGACAUUGAAGGUCCAGAUGGUAAAAUCAAAGGGCCAAAAUUCAAGAUGCCGUCAAUAUCAGGACCAAACAUCUCAAUGCCUGACAUGGACUUCAACCUGAAAGGUCCAAAGGUGAAGGGAGAUCUGGAUAUGUCAGGAAACCUCAAAGCACCCAAAGUAGACAUUGAAGGUCCAGAUGUUGACAUUGAAGGUUCAGGAGGAUUUAAGAUGCCAAAGAUGAAGAUGCCUUCGUUUGGAAUCAAAGGACCCAAAGUUGAGGGAGAUUUUGAUGUCAAUCUACCUAAAGGCGACAUUGACAUUGAAGGUCCAGAAAUUGACAUUGCAGGUCCAGAUGGUAAAAUCAAAGGGCCGAAAUUCAAGAUGCCAUCAAUAUCUGGACCAAAGAUCUCUAUGCCUGAUGUGGACUUCAACCUGAAAGGUCCAAAGGUGAAAGGAGAUGUGAAUGUUUCAGUCCCCAAGAUCGAAGGAGACAUCAAAGGUCCAAACCUAGACAUUGAAGGUCCAGAUGGUAAAAUCAAAGGGCCAAAAUUCAAGAUGCCAUCAAUAUCAGGACCAAACAUCUCAAUGCCUGACAUGGACUUCAACCUGAAAGGUCCAAAGAUGAAGGGAGAUCUGGAUAUGUCAGGAAACCUCAAAGCACCCAAAGUAGACAUUGAAGGUCCAGAUGUUGACAUUGAAGGUGCAGGAGGAUUUAAGAUGCCAAAGAUGAAGAUGCCUUCGUUUGGAUUCAAAGGUCCCAAACUUGAGGGUCCAGAUAUUGAUGUCAACCUACCUAAAGCUGACAUUGACAUCAAGGCUCCCAAAAUUGAUAUUAAAGGUCCAGAACUUGACAUUGAAGGUCCAGAUGGUAAAAUCAAAGGGCCAAAAUUCAAGAUGCCGUCAAUAUCAGGACCAAACAUCUCAAUGCCUGACAUGGACUUCAACCUGAAAGGUCCAAAGGUGAAGGGAGAUCUGGAUAUGUCAGGAAACCUCAAAGCACCCAAAGUAGAUAUUGAAGGUCCAGAUGUUGACAUUGAAGGUUCAGGAGGAUUUAAGAUGCCAAAGAUGAAGAUGCCCUCAUUUGGAUUCAAAGGACCCAAAGUUGAAGGAGAUUUUGAUGUCAAUCUACCUAAAGGCGACAUUGACAUUGAAGGUCCAGAAAUUGACAUUGCAGGUCCAGAUGGUAAAAUCAAAGGGCCGAAAUUCAAGAUGCCAUCAAUAUCUGGACCAAAGAUCUCUAUGCCUGAUGUGGACUUUAACCUGAAAGGUCCAAAGGUGAAAGGAGAUGUGAAUGUUUCAGUCCCCAAGAUCGAAGGAGACAUCAAAGGUCCAAACCUAGACAUUGAAGGUCCAGAUGGUAAAAUCAAAGGGCCACAAUUCAAGAUGCCAUCAAUAUCAGGACCAAACAUCUCAAUGCCUGACUUGGACUUCAACCUGAAAGGUCCAAAGAUGAAGGGAGAUCUGGAUGUGUCAGGAAACCUCAAAGCACCCAAAGUAGACAUUGAAGGUCCAGAUGUUGACAUUGAAGGUUCAGGAGGAUUUAAGAUGCCAAAGAUGAAGAUGCCUUCGUUUGGAUUCAAAGGUCCCAAACUUGAGGGUCCAGAUAUUGAUGUCAACCUACCUAAAGCUGACAUUGACAUCAAGGCUCCCAAAAUUGACAUUAAAGGUCCAGAACUUGACAUUGAAUGUCCAGAUGGUAAAAUCAAAGGGUCGAAAUUCAAGAUGCCAUCAAUAUCUGGUCCAAACAUCUCAAUGUCUGACAUGGACUUCAACCUCAAAGGUCCAAAGAUGAAGGGAGAUCUGGAUAUGUCAGGAAACCUCAAAGCACCCAAAGUAGACAUUGAAGGUCCAGAUGUUGACAUUGAAGGUUCAGGAGGAUUUAAGAUGCCAAAGAUGAAGAUGCCUUCGUUUGGAUUCAAAGGACCCAAAGUUGAGGGAGAUUUUGAUGUCAAAAUACCUAAAGGCGACAUUGACAUUGAAGGUCCAGAAAUUGACAUUGAAGGUCCAGAUGGUAAAAUCAAAGGGCCGAAAUACAAAAUGCCAUCAAUAUCUGGACCAAACAUCUCAAUGCCUGACAUGGACUUCAACCUGAAAGGUCCAAAGGUGAAGGGAGAUCUGGAUAUGUCAGGAAACCUCAAAGCACCCAAAGUAGACAUUGAAGGUCCAGAUGUUGACAUUGAAGGUUCAGGAGGAUUUAAGAUGCCAAAGAUGAAGAUGCCCUCAUUUGGAUUCAAAGGCCCUAAACUUGAGGGUCCAGAUAUUGAUUGCAACCUACCUAAAGCUGAUAUUGACCUCAAGGGACCGAAUAUUGACAUUUCAGGUCCAGAUCUCAACCUCAGAGGCCCUGAUGCUAAGUUGUCCAGUGGAUCCCUUGAAAUGGGACGUCCCAGUUUCAGUUUUGACAAACCAGAUGUUAAGUUUCCUAAGUUCAAAGGUCCCACAUUUGGUAUUAGGUCACCUGAAGUUGAAGGGCCUGAACUGAAUAUUUCUCACGGAAAGAUGGAUGUGAAGGCACCUGAGGUUGACCUUAACCUAGGGGAUGCAAAUAUCAAAGGACCUAAAUUCAAAGCACCAAAGAUCCAUAUGGGAGGCAAGAGCCCCAAAUUAGAUGUUAAUUUGCCAGAGGUCGACAGUAGUCUAGAAGCCCCUGAUGUUGACAUUCAUGUCAAAGGAAAGAAAGGUAAAUUCAAAUUGCCCAAAAUCAAAGGGAAAGCAAAGAAACCUGAUGUCGAUAUUGACCUUGAAACAUCAGGUGUAGAUUUAGAUGUUGACUCUCCUGAUCUUCACCUGAAAGGAGCAAAAGUAAAGAAACCUUUCUUUGGAAGACUUCAUUUCCCUGAUGUGGAAUUUGAUGUAAAAUCUCCCAAAGUUAAAGGUGAUGGCUCUCUGUCUGGUGGCUUGUCAUCUGGGAGUCUACAAGCCAAUAUUGAGGCACCAGAUCUAAACAUGCAAGUCCCAGAUGUAAAAACUAAGUCUAACAUAAAAUUUCCAGGGAUGAAAAUGAAAGGGCCCCAGGUGAAUGUACCUGAUGUUGAUGUAAAUGUGAACAGGAAAAAUCUGAAAGGAGAGGCAAGCCUUUCAGGAGAUUUAAAAGGUCCUAAGAUAGAUAUUGGAGGGGGAGGAAGAGUAGAUGUUGACUCAAAUGUUUCAGGAUACAGUGGACUACAUUUCCCAGAGGGACACGUAUCAUUCCCCAAAAUCAAUGUUCCAAAGUACCAUGGGCCAGAGAUGGGAGAAGAUGUUGAUGCAGGAUCAAGAGCAGGGGCAGGGGCAACAGUGAGGGGUGGAAAGAUUGAUGUGCAGGCUCCUUCGGUUAGUGGUAGUUCUCCGAGCCUGGAGCUGCACAGUGGUGAGAAAGUAAAGGUCAAGAUGCCAAGGUUCGGUUUUGGCAAGUCAAAAGCAAAAGGAGGUAGUGCAGUAGAUCUUAGCUUUCAGGGGCCGGACGCAGAACUGGGAGCCGGUGGCGGCGUUAAGGGCUCCAAAGAGUUGAGUUUAAGUCAUGGGGAGUUAGUAAGUGGCAAGUUGUCUGUAGAGGGAGGAUCUGGGCAAAGUGUGUCCCCUAAGAGCAAGUCAGCCUCACUGGAUCUUUUUAAGAAAUCAAGGCAUCGGUCUUCCUCUGUGGCGAGUGACGAGGGAGAUCUGGCUGUGUCUUCCCCCUCAAGUCACUUAAGUGCUGAGGGUGGCGACAUCUCUGUAGAUGUUGGGAGGGCCAAGGUGAAAGGAAAGAAGUUAAAGUUUGGCACCUUUGGUGGUUUUGGCUCAAAGUCAAAGGGCUCAUAUGAAGUGCGACUGGGUGAAGAUAGUGAAGAGAGAGUUGAGGCAAGUGGUGUAUCUCUCCCCUCCAAAAAGUCUAGAAUCUCUUCAUCCUCUAGCAGCGACAGUGGGUCUAGAGGUGGUUUCCGUUUCCCAAAACUCGAGUUGUCUGUGUCACCAAAGAAAUGAGGAAUUGUGAGGAUAAUUAUAAACUACAACCCAAUUGUCUGUUCCAUGUACACAACACCCCUAUCUGCUCAAGUUUUUAAACUUGACAGAUGAGUUCACAUCUCAUCUCAAUGUAACAUUACGUGUGUGUUAUUCCCUUCGGGCUUUCUCCACACAUUUUACUUAUAGAUGACAUUGAUGACAUUGUUCAGACUACAAUUUAACUGUAAAUAAGAUGAAUCUGUAUUGUAUUAUUAAGUAUUGUCUUUUGUACAUAGUCAAAAUUUAUUGAACUUAUUACCAUCUCACCAAAUUCAUACCAAUAGUGCCUCACAUGUUUAGUCCAAGUGUUGCAUUGCAUUCUUUUAAAAAUGCAUUUAGUUAAGAUUAGCUGUGGUAUUUUUGUAUCCAGACGGGGUCUAUUGCACAAACAUAGUUUAGAUUCAAUUGUUAUUUUGAAGAAAAGUAUGUUUAUAUACACAGACAACAACUACUUUUCGUUUUUAUGUAUGAAAUGAUUUACAUUUUUUUUGAAGCUUUGGAUAUAUAAUCGUUGCAGAAGCAUAUUUACUCAACAUAGAGCAGGGCCCUGUAUAACAUUCUAUCAAGAGUGACAAUGCUAUGAGAGACCAUAAUUGAAAAUAAAAGCAAUGUUUAUGUACUCUAUAAACUCUAUUAACAGCUGUUGUUAAUCUUUGAGAGAGAGAAUGUCCUUUUUAAUUUAAUUUGUAUUUAAAAAAAAAAAAUUGACAUCCAUUUGAUUACUUCUAUUUGUCCAUUUUUCCCUUCAACACCUUUAAUUAGAAUUCUACUCAAAUGACAAAAUAGUACAGCUGAUGCUGAAGAAUCCAUUUGUAUUUUUAAAAAUGUUUUAUUCUUGUACAAUCAAGUAAUGUAAAGAAACAGAAUAACAGAAGCAAAUUGUGUUUUUUAACGAAGACAUUGUCUUACAUUCAGAUGGAUCUCUCUCUCUCUCAAUGUCUCUCUAUUUCUCUCCCUCACUGUCUCACUUAAUGUAAGUCUCUGGUGUUUUGGUUAUACUAAAGAAAAUAUAUGACUAUCAUGAAUAAAGAGUCACGCUGUAUUGUUUUUGUUGUUGCACCUUUUAUAGGUAAACAAAUAUCUGCAAUGUUAAUAACAGAGAACGAAAGCUGAAAAUGUCCUCUUUUAUUUGAUGGAGUUGGGAGUUUUGAAUACUUUUUCGAUCAAUUGUGUUUCCCUCUGCAAAAUAAAUCUAAUAAACGGUUAAGAUACCAA